AUGAGCCUUUUCGCCUCACUUUUCCCACUCACAGUGACUCACAGCUACCUAGUCCAUUCUGCUAGUUACUCAUGUCUCAGUGUAGCGCAGUAUUGGCUGUCAUUUUACGGCAACUGGAGUGCUGCAACACAUCCAAAUACUUUUUCAAGUACUCCAACAAAUGGCUUCUUUUCCCCUUUGGUCGGUGCCUCGCACGAAGAUGCUUACACAAUGUGGGAUGGGGGAAUGCUGGCCUCUGCAGGAAUAAAAGCUGUUGCAGAGACAGGUUAGUUGUUCAUACUUCAACAAAGACAAUGCCGCCAAUGCCGCGACUAGUCCACCCGGUUUCAUUACCAUGAUCACUAAAUCUGCGCCGCCAACCAGCUUUAUGCAAUUACCUGGGCCAUCCAUACCAACAAUGGGUAAAAUGAUCUUUACGAGAACAAAUAAACCACUCAUAACCCAGUGCAGUGGCGAGGCGACUUACACAGUCAAGUUUGAAGCGAAAUGGUCAGUGGAAAUCCACCCCAACGGGUUCCCAAGUGGGGCCCACUUCUUGCCUCUUGUACUGUAA